AUGAGUUCUGAUACCGGCUACUCGGACGUCCGUACAGCGCCGUCCGCGAAAAUGAAUCUGGGUUUUACUCAGCCAUUAGAUAUUACGAUUUUUCUCGCCGUCGCAACACUCUUCGCGGACAAGCAAGCGCGAAUCGAAGCACUUGCAGCGAAGAAAUGGAAAAUGAGCACUAUGUUAGCAAAGAAACAGCUACGGUGUUGCGUACUGUCUACCCAGCAGAGGGAGCAAUCAUGCCUAGAUGGCAGCGGCUUGCCGCCGAUCUCCACGAACCUGGCCGAGUUCAGAGGUGCAUGGUUCGGCAAGGACUAUCCGCUGGCGAGAAUGAAAACGAAGCAUCACCGCUACGGCUCCGCUCCAACGAGGCAGAAAAGGCCCGCGAUAGGUGGCUGGCGGUGUAUUGCUACAAGAAUCUGCGUCAGCUGUGUUGUACCUUGGCCCGGUCUGAAUUUCUCUCUUGGAAUGUCGAACAUACGAAAGCUUAUAUAG